UCAGUCAGAGUUCGAACGUAAAGGUAGACGGUUGUGCGCGAAUAUAUAUGUACAUACAUAUGUAUGUAUAUAUGGACGAUAAUUACAAAUAUCAUGCGUUUGAAUAUUCUUUAGUGCUUUGUAAAAAUAUAAACAUUAAAAUAAGUUUUUUAUACAAGAAAAUACAAGUGUUGUAGUUAUUAAACAAAAAUUAUGGCUAGCAGUAUGGAAGAAGUGAAUAUGGACUUGAACGGCAAGAAUAUUGUUUAUAUAGGUGGUUUUGGUGGCAUAGGUUUGGAAACAUGUAAAGAAUUGGUGCAAAAAGGCGUUGCGAAUCUAAUGAUACUACACAAGACCUGGAAUGAAUCAGCGUUCAAAGAACUCAGCUCAGUCGAUUCGUGUUGUGUGUGCAAGUUUACGGAGUUUGACAUCACAUGCGGUUUGGAAAAGACGCGUCUACUAUUCAAACAAAUAGCGGAGAAAAUCGGAAGCAUCGAUGUGCUAAUUAAUGGCGCGGGCAUAUGUACUGAAAAAGAUUUCGAUAAUUUAAUCGCUGUCAAUUUUACGGGCACUGUUAAUGCCACUCUCGUUGCCUACGAUCUAAUGGACAAGAGCAGAGACGGUAAAGGAGGUGUAGUUGUGAAUAUCUCGUCGGUAGCGGCACUAACACCCUUCCCCGUUUUACCAAUAUAUAGCGCGACAAAGGGAGGGAUUUUGAACUUUACACGAGCAUUAGCGCAAUUAGAACCCAAGUCCGGCAUAACUUUAUAUAGUAUUUGUCCCGGCAUUACGGACACCAAACAUUGGGACGAUGUGCACCAUUUCCAAGGCAGAGAUUUAUGUUUUAAAGAGAAAAUGCGCGUUCGUCCGUUUCCAAUACAAACAGCUAACCAAUGUGCAAAGAACAUAGUCAAAGCUAUAGAAGCGCAUAAAAAUGGGGCUACGUGGAUGAGUGAUGUGGGGCAGCUUAAAUUGGUGGAAGUAAAAAAUUUUUGGACACCACCACUUCACAAAGAAGACCAGGAAACAGAGCAAAGUUAGAAAAAUGCAAAGAAGCGUCUGUAAAAUCAAGAAAGCGAAAGCUGCAAGACUCGGCGCGCGGAAUGUGAUACGUACAGCUGAUAUUGCAAUUUAGAAGCACGACCCUUCAGAGGAAAGUAAGGGACGCAGAGCUUUACAAAUCAUAGACUGAAGAUUUAUAUGUACAUAUUGAUAUAGUACAUACAUUUGUACGUAAGGAAUACCUUAAUUCUAGACUAUAAGAAUGUAAUAAAAAGUUUUACACAUAUCGUA